AUGCGCGGGGGCGCGCAGACUCUGCCACCACCCGGCUACUUCCGCCCCUCAGAAGCAUGGGCCCCGUGGCCCGCCCUUGAUUGGACGCUGGCGGCAAUGUCGACCACGAUUGGCCGAGGGGCCCCUGACGUCAGGGGCGGGGCGGGCGGGGCCGUGAAUGGGAGCAGCAUGCCGCCGCCAGGCCUCUGUCGCGCGCGGCUGUGGCUGAGUCGGGCCAUGAGCCGGUGCGUUUCGGGACCCCGGCCCCCAGGGAAGCGGUGGCUGGUGGCCGGCCUGGGGAACCCUGGCCUGCCCGGCACGCGGCACAGCGUGGGCAUGGCGGUGCUGGGGCACCUGGCGCGGCGCCUGGGUGUGGCGGAGAGCUGGUCCCGCGACCGUCGCUGCGCCGCCGACCUCGCCCUGGCCUCACUCGGGGAUGCCCAGCUUGUUCUGCUCCGGCCGCGGCGGCUCAUGAAUGUCAACGGACGCAGCGUGGCCCUGGCCGCGGAGCUGUUCGGGCUGACGGCGGAGGAGGUCUACCUGGUGCAUGAUGAGCUGGACAAGCCCCUGGGGAAACUGGCUCUGAAGCUGGGGGGAAGUGCCAGGGGCCACAAUGGAGUUCGUUCCUGCAUUAGCUGCCUCAACUCCAGUGCAAUGCCACGGCUGCGGGUGGGCAUCGGGCGCCCGACGCACCCUGAUGCCGUCCAGGCACACGUGCUGGGCUGCUUCUCCCCCGCAGAGCAGGAGCUGCUGCCUCCUUUGCUGGAGCGUGCCACAGACCUGCUCCUGGACCACAUCCGUGGGCGAAGCCAGGGGUCCUUGUCAGGCACCUGACACCAGUGGACGCGGCUGCCUGCCCAGCUGCCAUGCCCACACACCCAGCCACGUCCA